GGCGUUUAUGGAAGCGGUUACGGAGCUUUUCUGAUCUCGCCUAGUCGCGAAUAUCAUGCCGGAGGCCCGCUCAAGCAGGACUUGCUGAUCCACCAGGACUCUUUGAUCACCAACUACUUUGUGAGCAGUCAUUUUGGCACCUCCGGAUUGACGGCCCCAUCUGGAUGGACUCACAUCUAUGGACCUUGGCUGCUUUAUUUCAACACUGGCACCAACAGCGCCAUCCUCAGCGAUGUAGCAACUCAAGCAGAGACGGAGAAAGACAGUUGGCCUUACAGUUUUGUGAAUGAUGACGACUAUCCAGUGGACAGAGGCACAGUUAAAGGAACCAUCACUGGCCAGCCCCUGGCUACGAUUAUGCUGUACGAUACGGAAGAAACAUCUUACGAUGAUCAGCAGCUGGGCUACGCAUUCACUACGGAGUCGGACUCUAGCGGGUCAUACACGCUGAAAAACGUCCGUCCUGGCACCUACAACGUGGUCGCCUAUCCAGUGGCUGGACAAGGCAGUGAAAAUGAAGCCAAAACGACCGUUACUGUAGCAGCAGGUAAGUUGCUGGUAAACUACCACCCAAGUGUAGCCUUUUUUUUUCGGUGAGGUUUGGAAAAU